AUGUCCACAGGAAAGAUGCAGUAUGUCCGCCUGGGCAACUCGGGUCUGAAGGUCUCCAAGAUCAUCCUCGGGACGAUGCAGUAUGGACACAAGGGCUGGCAGGACUGGGUCCUCGGCGAGGAAGAGGCCACCGAGCACAUCAAAUUCGCUUACGAGCACGGCAUCCAGACGUUCGAUACCGCCAAUGUGUACUCGAACGGGCUGUCAGAGGUCAUACUCGGAAACGUCAUCAAGAAGCUCAACCUUCCCCGUGAGGAGCUCGUAAUCAUGACAAAGUUGACGGGUGCGGUAGCACCCGAAUACGGCAUGAACCUCAUGCGUAGCGGAGUGAAGCCGGACGAUAUCGGGCUGGUGAACCAGUAUGGUCAGAGUCGCAAGCACAUUUUCGCAUCUGUCCAGGCUAGCCUGAAGCGCCUUCAACUUGACUACAUCGACCUUCUCCAAUGCCACCGUUUCGACUACAACACGCCUAUCGAAGAAGUCAUGCAAGCGCUGCACGACGUUGUGAAGGCCGGAUACGUCCGCUACAUCGGCAUGAGCUCCUGCUGGGCAUACCAAUUUCACGCUAUGCAGAACUACGCCAUCAAGAACAACCUCACGCCGUUCAUAUCGAUGCAGAACCAUUACUCGCUCGUCUACCGCGAGGAGGAGCGCGAGAUGUUCCCCACCCUCAAGCUCUUCGGCGUCGGCUCGAUUCCGUGGUCGCCCCUCGCCCGCGGGCUCCUCACGCGCCCGCUGAGCGCGCUGAGCGACACGAAGCGCGGCACCAGCGACAUGUGGGUCGGAGGGUACAAUAAGGAGGGCAGCGGUACGGCCGAGAUCAUCAAGCGUGUGGAGGAGCUCGCGAGGAAGAAGGGCGUGACGAUGGCGCAGAUCGCGAUCGCGUGGAUCCUCACCAAGGACGGUGUGACCGCGCCCAUCGUAGGCACGACGAGCCUCGACAACCUCAAGGACAUCCUCGCGGGCGUGAGCGUCAAGCUGAGCGACGAGGAGAUCAAGUAUCUCGAGGAGCCGUACAGCCCGCUCCAGAUCAUUGGGCAUACUUGA